CCGCUGGGCCGGGGUGGGUGAAGUUCUGUUUGGUUGGUUGGUGUUAACACUGCCCAACGUGGGCGUUUUCAUUUGGUGUGUGGGAAGUGUCGUGGAAACGUCACCAUCAAAACUGAAAGCCGAGUAAACAUGUUUAUCUGGGGCGGGAAGCGUGUGCUAUAAUGCGGGCGAGAACGUUUUCAGGUUUACCAGGUACCGUUCCUGGCGUUUUCUCGGCCGACCACCGGCUCUCUCUGCGCCUUGCCUUUCAAGCUCUCAGCCGGAUGACGUCCUGCGCCUUCAGGACCUUGCUGGCCACGGGUAAUCCUUUAGGAAGCGGUUUCCCAGAGAACAGCCAGGGGAAUUGGAUUGGCUGUGUGCAGAGAGACGAAUCUGUCAGAUGAGAACUGGAGAGGUGGAUGGAGCCAGACGGUGGACGGCUUUAGAAGAUGCGCGUGAAAGUUUGGACGUGAUUCUGGAAGGCAGUAGUUCUCAGUAGUGACUCUGGUUUGUAAAUACUUGAAUCACGUUAUGGGAUUGUUAGACAGACUCUCAGGCUUGCUUGGCCUGAAGAAGAAGGAGGUUCAUGUUUUAUGUCUUGGGCUGGAUAAUAGUGGCAAAACAACCAUCAUUAACAAACUCAAACCUGCAAAUGCUCAAUCUCAAGAUAUAGUUCCAACAAUAGGAUUCAGCAUAGAGAAAUUCAAAUCGUCCAGUUUGUCUUUUACAGUGUUUGACAUGUCAGGUCAAGGAAGAUACAGAAAUCUAUGGGAACACUAUUAUAAAGAAGGACAAGCCAUUAUCUUUGUCAUUGACAGUAGUGAUAGGUUAAGAAUGGUUGUGGCCAAGGAAGAACUCGAUACUCUUCUGAACCAUCCAGAUAUUAAGCACCGCCGAAUACCAAUCUUAUUCUUUGCAAACAAAAUGGAUCUUAGAGAUGCAGUGACAUCUGUAAAAGUGUCUCAAUUGCUGUGUUUAGAGAACAUCAAAGAUAAACCAUGGCAUAUUUGUGCUAGUGAUGCCAUAAAAGGAGAAGGAUUGCAAGAAGGUGUAGACUGGCUUCAAGAUCAGAUCCAGGCUGUGAAGACAUGAAAAAAUAGUAUUUGGAAACCUCAGCAAUUUUCAAUUCAAAGAAUAUAUCUAAGGCAAACUAAAUACUUUAAAUUUUUUAAAAGAUGUUUGUGCAUCUAAGAAUACUUUAUAAUCUUCUUCUUGCAUUUAUGGACUCUGAAUGAGCUUUUAAAGAGUAUAGGACUUCAGGUAUGCUAAUCUGGCCAUUAAUUUUAUGAAAACUAAAUCUUUCCUCAGAAGGGCUCCCCAGAAUUAUCAACUUCUUGGUAAAAGUCUACAUUUGAUUGUAAUAGGAAUGUUUAAAGGUCAGAGUUAUAAACCAUCUCAGUAUCUCAUCAUGAUUUAUGAUAUCUUUAAAUUGUCUUCUAAAACUUUAGUUUAUGGUAUGACUUUGCAGUAUGAUUGUGCUUGCGAAAAAGAACUUUAAAUAUUUAUAAGGGACUGUGGGUAAUUAAUAUAUAUUAAAAUUUUACUAUAUGUCACCAUCAGUGAAACAAAAUGUAUCAACUAGUGUGCUUUGAUUAUGCUGAAAAGAAUAAUGCUGUGCUAAUAUGGUAUUUGGUGUUUUACUGUCAAGAAUUUGUAAAUUAUCUGAGACCAAGUUAAGCUGAAUUUAUCCAGUGAAUAUGUAUUGCACAUCUCUACACCUUAUUAGUCUGGCGUUGUCCUAGGCAAUGGUGACACAAGGUAAAUAAGACAUAUUCCUAUCCUCAGAGAACUUAAAAGUUAAUGAGGGGAGAAUUUGAGAACCUUUUCAUUCAUAGUAUCCUAUUUUAUUUCAUUGGCUGAAUGAAAAUACUGCAUCUUAAGAUUAAGAGAUAUAAAAAUGAAUUAAUGUGUGAUUCUUCAAUAAUUAUUAUAACUGACUUCUUGUUUCUUCCUUUAAAAUGCCUCCAAUUUACUAUAGUGCUUUGUUAAAAUAGAUUGUGACUCACCAAACUGGGUUUUCCCUGAGCAUAAAAUGCUAUAAAAACGUCCGUUAGAAUUUUAGACAUAAAUCAGGCAUUUACUGUAUGCAAAUUGUGUUACUUCCCACAACUUAGAGACCACUUAUAAUUGUGAACUCUAAGUAGAAGCUUUCAUUUUAAAUUAAUCACUGGGAAACAGUGUUUAGAGUGAUGGUGUCAAUUCUGAAAAACAUUAAUGUAAAGAAAACCUGGAAUAUACAGUCUAUAACAUCUUAAACAUCCUUAGCUGUCAAAAUGAUAAAAACAGAAGGCAAAAGGUAAGCGAGUAACACAGAUGUGUUAUAGUAACUGCAGUAGUGGUAUGUUUCACAGAGAUUUGAAUAAAAUAAUUCUAAAACUACAGCAAAAGUUCUAUAAUCCAGUUUCUCUUAGUCCAGAAAUCUCUGGAAUUUGGAAUUUGGCAAAUUGAAAGUUAUUCAGAAUAUUCCAGUGGUCCAGCAUUUUAGCUAGUUUGCCAGCCUCUCAUAAAUUUUGAUGAGGACCAAGUGAUGCUCUUUAAUCUAGCGUUACCACAGAUACAAAAAGGACAUGAUGAUGAAAGCCCUGCAUGUCAUUUCACAAAGACUGACGUACUCUAACUAUGUUAGGAGGAUGGAGAAGGGGUGUUAUAAGAACUCAAAUCCUCCUCUACCAUAAGGUAACAUUACAGUAAUAAUAGCUGUCAGUCUGUGAUCACUGUGUUUUGAGCAAGAUAUUAUUACACAUAUGGGAUUUUGCAUCAUUUAAUCCUUACAGUAACUUAUGUGUUAGGUUCCAUUAUGGGUGUUAUAGACAAGGAAACUGAGGCUAAAGAAGUUAUUUGCUGAAGGUCAUGGAGCUAGUGGACGGUAGAGCUGAGAUUCAGAACCCCACAACCUGUUGAGAACAGAUGAUUCAAGAGACAAGAGUGUUACAGAUAGUAGACCCAUUAAGCCGUCUGCCGUCAGAAUGGCUAAAAGGACAGAAGAGGCUCUCACUGGGGUGGGUGACCAGGAUGGGGUGGGAGGAGGUCAGAGUCAAGGGACUACUGCUUUUGUUUUUUUUGCUUCUUUUAAGUCUAUUAACACUUCAGAUUUUAAACUCUGGGCAUAAAUGACUAGGAUAACAAUCAUUCUUACAACUAUACUGAUACUAAGUUAAUUAGUAUUCCACAAACUACACUAAUUCACACCUAUGCAAAUACAAGAAAGAGAAGUACUGAUUUUUUCCUUUGUUUCCAUGAUCUCCAAGUCUAGUUUACCAUCUAUAAACAUCCAUUCCUACUCUACCUUUUUGUGUAAAGAUUACGUAGAAGCAAGUUGGGCUACAGUAGUCAUAGGAUGCUGUGUAACUGUGUAUAAGCUGAGGUUAUUGCAUUUGUAUUUAACAUAUUUUGCGAUUAAAAUUCAUUGCAUUAAAGCUCAAGCAAGUGUUUUUUCAUGUUUAGACAUCACUGUUACAAAGUUUAAUUCAUUAAACUCUACUUUUCACUGUCACACCUCAUAAAAUGUUCAAAACUUACGCUAUUGUAUGUUUUGCAUUUAAAUAUUUAUAUGUGGCCCUGUGCCUUGUAAAUCACAAAAGGGCUGAGUUAUACGUGUUUGUUUUUCAUUUAUAGGUUGUCUGCUAAAAAUUAUGAAUUAUCUUCUGAUUGCUUAAGUUAUUUUUUCCCUUUGGAAUUUUGGCACACCACAUUGUGAUUUCCAUGAAUAUAUGCAGUUACUCUUUAGAAUACUUAAGGCAAAUACAUCCUGCAUGUAACUCUGGUACAUUAAAAUACUGUAGCAUUUUAAUGGACUUUGUGCAUACUUUCUGCUCUCUGAUUAUUCCCCUUUCUUAGCUUAAAAAAUAAAAUUGAUAUUGGAAGUUGACUUAAACGGAUGUUAAAAUAGGUUUGUCCAUUUCUGUGGCUGGAGAGAAAUACUGUGAUCAUUGAGAAAUGGUUAUGGUGUUUAAUUGACUAUUUCAGGUAACUUAGUGAUUACCUUUUCACAGUGGUGUUCCUCCUGGGGUUUGCAAGGGACUAACUCAGGACCACACUGACUAUCCCCUCUCAUCAUGAGAUUUUGAUGCGACACUUGGAGGCUUCAUCAACAUAUAAGGUUAAACUUUUUUCUAGUGUUUUAGAAUAAACCAAGAGAGACAAAGUAAAUCCUUCUCCAAAUUUCAAGUCAUCAAGUAAUGCUAGAAGUCAUAGAAGAAUAGUAGGUAUUUUGAAAAUAAAAUUUGGUUAGAAAUAUUGUAGUAAUAAUAAAUAAUUUUAUAGCUUUUACUAUGUGCCAGGCACUUCCUAAGCACUUUACCUCUAUUAACUCAUUUAACCCUCCUCACAACCCUGUGAGGUAGAUGCUGUAAUCUCUAUUGUAUAGAUCAGGGAUCAGCAAACUUCCAGUCUGUUUGUGUAGGGCCCUUGAGCUAGUAAUGAUUUUACAUUUUUGAAGGUUUUUUUUUUUUGUGAGGAAGACUGGCCCUGAGCUAACAUCUGUGCCCAUCUUGCUCUACUUUAUAUGGGACGCCGCCAUAGCAUGGCUUGAUAAGUUGUGCGUAGGUCUGCACCUGGGAUCCGAACCCUCGAACCCUGGGGUGCCAAAGCAGAGCACGCGAACUUAACCACUACACCACCAGGCCAGCCCCCUAAAGGGUUAUUUAAAAAAAAAAAAAAUAAGGAGCAACGGAUACUGUAUGUGGCUCACAAAGUAGUAAAUUAUUUACUGUCUGGGGACUUACGUAAAACCUUCGCCAACCCCUGUUGUAGAUGAUGGAAGUGGGGAGAGAGGUUACGUUAACUUGCCUGCAGUCAUACUGCAAAUAAGCAGAGGACCUUCGAUUUGAGUCUAGACAAUCUGGUCCCAGAGGUUCUUAACCUCUACAAGUAUUCUCAAAAAGCUAAAGGUUAUUCUAAAAUGGAAUAGAACAAUUUGAAAUUACAUCUUUCUUAAAUAAUUAUAUUAAAGAUGAAAAAUUAUAUGCAAAUGGUUGAAAAGUAAUGCUCUUUGAAAUCCCUUGUGAGAUUGAUGUCUUGGCCUUCUGAAGUCUUCUUCCUUCCUUCUCUUUAAAUGGGUGGCGACAGAGGGGCAGACUCUGAAACAUCAGAUGUGUUAGUAUUUCAAAAUGUAAGCGCACACACGUACUGUCCCCAAGCAUCUGGUUUGGACUUGCAGGUUUCCCGGGGACUUUCACCAAUAUUGUGAGGUAAAUGAUAGCUAGUGUUGAUAGUCUUGAAAUGUAUGUGGUAAAAUGUGGAAACAUUUAUAAUUUAAUUUGUGGAUGUGCAUUUUAAGUUGAGACCACAAGUAACAACUAUAGCUAAAAAUAUUUUCUUAAUUACAAACAUUUCAUGGUUAUGCCUCAGUGUUCUAAAUUUUUGCCAUUUGAAUGGUGGAAAAGCAUAUAUCCAUAAAGGACUAAGCCUGGAAAUCAGUCUCUCUCUGUCUUACUCUC